AUGGCUGAAGAAAAUGCAAUGUCCUGUAGGAUACUGCAGACACUAGAAAAUAUUCUGAAGAGUGACCCUGAAUUGCAGGAAUUUGGAAUUAUUCCCACAGAAGAUAAUACAAGAAACAAGUCCCCAGUUGUAUAUGAAGAACAUAAUCUUGGCUUAGAAUCCUGGUGUAUAAAACAUGUUUAUCAAUAUGCCUGCUCCACACUUUUCCAAAAUAGAGAACUCCUGUUGCGAAACAAAUUGGGAUACAACAAAAUGGAAAAUAUGAAUCACAUUCUCAUUGGUGCUAUUCUUAUCAAUCCAGAAUGUACCACAUUUUGGAAUAUGAAGAGAAAUUUAGUUGAAAAUGAUAUACUGAAAAUUGAAGAUGAGCUACAUUUCAGCAAAAUUGUCUUAACUUUCAAAAGUAAAUCAUUUGAAUCAUUCUCUUAUCGGCGUUGGUUAUUGAAAAGGCAACUAGAGAAGUUUUCUGCUAAUAAUUUAGAAAUUCCAAUGAGUUUGUUGCAAAAUGAGUUUGCAGUUACCAAUAUGGCAUCAGAAAAAAUUGCCUGUAAUUAUCAUAGUUGGAAUCAUCGCCUGUGGUGUAUGGAACAUAUUGCAUCAAACUGUCAAACUAUUUCCAAUAUUAUUUACUCUGAGCUAAGUUACAGUCAGGAAUGGAUUAAUAACCACAUUUCUGAACACACAGGAUAUCAUUACAGACAGUAUUUGAUAAAAUUGGUAAGGGGUCAUAAAAAAGUUGUAGCUGUAUAUGAUUCUUACUAUAACUUUGUUGUGAAAUCUCUAUUGAAAAUGAUGAAUGAUGGAGAUUAUUCAAAUCUUCUUACUUAUCUGAUGGGAAAACCAAGUAGGACCAGAAUUUUGGAAGAAAAAUGUUCAUAUGUAAACUAUAUUAGUAUUCUGCUUUAUGAUCUUUGUGUUCUUGUUGAUAAACUCAACAACCUGUACCCUGAACAUGAAGCAUUGUUUUAUCAUAGGAGGUUCCUCGUGUAUCACUUGUUGAAAGUACCAUAUGAAUAUCAUGGCUUAGAACUUGAAGCAAAAAGUAAAAAUCAGUUCAAUAUACUCAUGGUUGAGAAUAAAAAUAUCACUGAUUCUAGUACAGUGGUUAAUGUUAGUGAAAAUGUAGAUAACAGAUGGCCAAAACUAUUCAAAAUGUCUCCAAAAUCAGAGCUGUACAAUCUCUAUGGGAUAGUCUCUAAUUGUGAAAAAAGCUUUGCUUCUAAAAAUUGUAGUGUUCUGCAGAUUGCCAAGUAUAGGAAAUGGUUGAAACAUGUUGUUGGAUUUGAUUGA